AUGGCAUUGAAAUUUCCAGCUAGUUUACUACCACUUAGUUAUGGUAUCAUUACUAUGACAUCGUUCAUCUUGACACUGGUGUUGGCAUACUACUUGCAUUUCGAGCGUGUCACCAAGACACAUUGUAAACUCUACGAAUUCCUCCCAUCGAUUUCAUCGACAAUCGGUGACUUCUCGCCAGAGAUGAAUAUCUACCGUUAUGGAAUGGCGCUCACCAGUGGUUUGCGUCUGGCUACGAUCUACUUGAAUCACCACGUAGCGCUAGACGACCGUGCCGCUCUCCUCAACCUGAACAACGCCAACUCUGGCGCCGUUGCCGAAUCGAUGCGUAAACUCGCCUUCUUGAUCCCAGUGUCAACAGUUCUCGAUACUCUCCGUGUGUUUGCUGCGGGUGGUUGGAUCUACAUCUCGUCGAGCGAAGCACUGUUCCCUCAUCAAGUUGGAUUCGUCAGCUACGUCAUCUUCUCGUUUGCCUUUAUAUCAAGUACAGACAUAACCCUAACGGCAACAGGACAUUCACUCAACUCAUCACCGGCAGCUACAGCUCCAAGACACAAAAGGAUCUGUUCGCCUUCAAGUGGAAGUGUCUACUCGUAUUUCGUUGAUCAUACAUUCUAUUGUGUUUAUCUUUCAUAUAGUAAAUAUUCAAUUUUCGAAUGGUUAUUGGCAUUCACCAAUGUUGGAUAUGAUACAUUGACUUAUCUUGAAUUCGAAGGACUUUACUUUACUUUACACAAAGAAAAAAGCUUUUAA